AUGAGGGACGCGAUCAACGCGGAUGUUGAUCCCUGCGACGACUUCUAUGAGUUUGCAUGCGGCAACUACGAUGCCACGCACCAAGAUAUCCCGAAGUUCAAGUCCUCCAAGAGCCUCAGCUGGGAUUAUGCCGACAAGAUGGUCCGGGAGUCGGAGACGGAGCUGUUCAAGACGGACCCCGGGCCUGCCGGCCUCUACUUCCGCUCGUGCAUGGAUGAGGAUCGUGUUAACUCCCUGGGAGCGAAGCCGCUGGCGCCAUGGCUGAACCUGAUCGACUCCGUCAAGGACGUGUCGUCCCUGGUUCAUGUCGUGACGGAGCUGAACAAGCAAGACAUCGACGUGCUGUUCUCGUGGUACAUCUCGUCCAACCCCAGAGACUCCAGCACCAAGUCGUUCAACGUUGGUCCCGGCUCUUACUCCCUCCCCGACAAGACGUACUACACUGAGGACUCGGAUGAGAUGGAGGGGCACAGAAAGAAGCUGGUGGAGGUUGCAGCCAAGUUCUUCAAGCUUGUGGGCCGCGAGGACGCGGAGAAAGAGGCCAAGAUGGUGCUGGACCUCGAGACGAGGAUCGCCAAGUACUCGACCGACCGAGACAAGGAGCGGCAUGACCAUGGCAAGCCCAUCACUGUUGAGGUGUUGGAGCAGCAGACGCCAUCAUGGCCGUGGCGGACAUGGCUGCAAAAGCUCUCCUCCUGCACCAGCCCACCUGACGGCAGCGCAAAGGGCCUCGUGCUCCUGUUGCGCGACGAGAAGUACUUCGACGGGCUGGAGCAGAUGCUCAAGGAUACUUCAUUAGAGGCGAUCAAGGCGAAGCUGCGAUGGAACGUGAUCAAGGGGGCAGCGGUCUACCUCUCCGCCGACUUCAUCGACGUCAUGGUGGAGUACAGCAAGGACCUCUACGGCAUCCAGCAGAAGAACCCUCGCCCCCGCAAGUGCUACUACAGCACCACCUCGGACGUAGCCUGGCCGGCAGCGAAGCUGUAUGUGGACAAGGUGUUCCACGUUGCCAACAGGCAGGCGGCGCUGGAGAUGCUGGAGGGCAUCCGGAGUCGCUUCCUGGAGAGCCUGAAAAAGGAAGGGUGGAUGUCGCCCGACGACCGGCUGGCGGCGCAGUCGAAGCUAGAGAAGAUGUUCUUCCAGGCGGUGGAUCGUGACUUCCGCAAGAUGAACGAGGCGCCCAAGAGGAGGAGCUGGGGUGGAAGCACUCCGACCGAGGUCAACGCCUUUUACGGGCCCAACAACAACGGGCUCUGGAUCCCUGCUGGGAUCCUGCAGGCGCCCUUCUUUGACGCCUCCAACCCGGACGCCAGGAACUACGGGAGCAUCGGGAGCGUGCUAGGGCAUGAGAUGACGCACGGGUUCGACGACAGCGGGAGGGAGUACGACGAGAGGGGAUCGCUGCAUGACUGGUGGGACAAGGAGACGGUGGAGAAGUUCAAGGAGAGGAGCAGCUGCGUCGCCCGGCUGUUCGACUCCUACUCCGUCGCGUACCGGCACGUGAACGGGAACCUGACGCUGGGGGAGGACAUGGCGGACGCCGGGGGACUCAAGUUCUCCUACCAGGCGUUCAUGGCGGCGAAGGAGAGGCAGCCUGAGGAGAAGCGCGUGUUCUUCACGGCCUUCGCACAGACUUGGUGUACAGUGGAGAGGAAGAAGGGAGUACUGAACCAGGUCCUCACUGACCCGCAUGCCCCCAAUAAGUUCCGCGUCCUCGGCGCCCUCAGCCAGUUCGCCCCCUUUGCUGAGGUGUUCCAGUGCCCUCGAGGAUCGCCCAUGGCGCCCGCUGAGCGAUGCGACGUGUGGUGA